ACAGCAGAACCGGUGUAGCUGCGGAUUUUCGGCGUGUUGCGGUCCGGAGGCUGUCCGGAUAUCGGCUUCAUUCCCCGGCUGUGAGGCACCGUGAGAGAGACCCCCGGCCGUCCAUGGGAGAGAGCUGAUCUCUGCAGCCGGGCUGAGGUGCGCUGCUGGCGGUGGAGCACCGAGACAUGCACCCGGUGCUUCUGUCCUCCUCUGUCUGUCUCCGGAGGAGCGCUUAGUACAUGAUGCAGCAGGAGAGUCGGCCUCUGCUCAGUCCCUCCAUCGAUGACUUCCUGUCGGAGACCCGGAGUGACGCCCCCCCCCACGGCCCCCCCACCUCCAACACAGCAG